AUGGCAGGUCUCACAUGUUAUUUGCAACUUGGUGACAGGCUCUCUCAAAUAUGGCUAAAUAAAUAUACAUUGGCGUUGCUGCUGGCGAUGAUAAAGCUUAUAUUUUUCUCUCAAUCUGUACAGCAUGCGUUAGAAGCCUCGCAGGCAUACAUACUGUCCAAUUGUCACAACAUCGAUACAUUCUAUUCCAAAGUGACAGACAACACACCCCACUAUCUGGGCGUCAUGGGCAAUUACCUCAUCGAAAAGGGUAUGGAGGAAACAGUCAAGGCCACUCUGGAGACGCUAUCGCUUAUAGUUUAUGCCAGUGAAGGAUUGCUUAAUUUUGUGAUUGAUUUGUAUUUGGGCACAUAUGCCUGCUUGAUCGUCAGUGCCGUGGAUGGGACUGUGGAUGUCGCCACUAACACUACGGAAAAAUUGAUCAGUUUGGUCAACGAUACAGUUUCGAGUGUAGCCAAUGAAUUGGAUAAUGGGUUGGAUGACAUCUCCAAGGUAAUCAAUAAGGUCAUUAAGGCUGCAUCCAAAGUGGAGGAUUUUUUUACUGGCGACGACGAUGACGACAGUAACAUGACCUCGUCCAUUAAAAGUGUCAACCUCACCAUAUCUGCACUCCAUAAUCUAUAUAUUCCCUCGUCAAUCAACAACAAAUUAGAGGAGCUAUCAGCGAAGACACCAGAUUUUGCGCAAGUUAAAAAUUCCACGAAGAAUCUGAUAUCAGUUCCCUUUAAUGAAGUACGUAAGAAUAUCAAAGCCAUGAACACUAGCAAAUUAAUUGCAGACACCUCAGUUUUGUACGUCCCCCCAAUUUCUGUUGCCAAUGGCACUGGGAUAUGUUCAUCCAAUGAAUCGGGCAUUAUAGAUUUUUACGCUGUUCUGGGGCAAGUUCUGAGAAUAAGUACCAUAGUCUGCAUCACCUUACUGAUAUGCUGUGCCGUUGGUGCGAUGAUACCUGUUGCCUGGAACGAAAUAAAACUUUGGAAACGUCUUUGCAGUAUGAGAGACCAAUACAUGCUGAGUAGGCAAGAUUCGUAUACGUCCUUUUCCAGCGAAAAUACUCACGAAUUGAAGGACCCGUUCGCAGAUCCACCUUUACACAAGGAUCAAUACGAUGUCAUUGCAAGCUAUCAGCAGUGCUUUCAAACAUGGAAUACCAGAAUCGCAUGUCAGAUGACAAAGGUUGUCACUCUAGGAAAAUCACCACAGGACAUCGACCCUGAUACUAGAAAGAAAAUAGAGUGGGUAGUGGCUUAUAUGACGUCCGAAAGGGCACUGUGCAUUCUAGGAAUUGGAUUGUUGGGUAUCUUGGUGUGCAUAUGCCAAUUUGCCAUGAUAUCAGUGCUUCAACACAAGAUAGGCCAUUCAUUGGCGUCCAGUGACAGCAGUAACGUUCAAACUCUGCUGAAGUCCAGCGCUGCUGUUGAUAUAGAAAACCAAAUGAGUCUUUGGAGCGUUCAAACAAACGAUUACAUAAACACCACCGAGACCAAUAUCAACCGGGAGGUAUUUGGGUGGAUAGGCACGACAACACGAUCCAUAAACAGCACUGUGGCCACCAUGAUCUCCGAUAUAGACACUACUUUGGCAGACGUGUUCAAUGGGACACUGCUAUAUAACCCGAUGAAGACGGUUGUUGGAUGUGUCAUCGAAAACAAGCUCUACACAAUAGAGAAGGCAAUGACGUGGAUCCAUGACAAGGCCCAGCUGCAGAUUCCGAGAAUUAACGGGACCCAGAUCAAGCAGGCCCUGGAAAAACAAGCAAACAACGGCACUACGGCUGCAACCAGUUCCACAUCUUCCGCUACAGCAAGCUUACUGGAGGACCUCGUAGAUGAAAUGAGGGAAGGGCUUUUGAAGGUUCUGCGAGCUUACUACAGGAUAACCAUGGGAGAACUUACGGUGGCCUUGAUCAUUAUCGGAGUGUGGCUGGUACAAUUGCCCAUAGCCAUGGUAAUUCUUCGGUCACGUCUUCGCAAGAGCACCCUUCACUGA